AAUUAUUGAUUAUUAUUUUAAUAUUCUGUGAACAAAAAAUAAAUAAAAAAUAAUAUCGUCGUCUAACUCAGCCACUCAAAAACGAUAUUGAAGGAGAUAAGAGCCGCAAAACCAGAGAGUCACCACCGAGUCGCCGUGACUCGGUGACACAAAUCGUUUUCCAACAAAAAAAAUGGCAUUUGCAGCAGCAUCGACUCCAUUUUCACUCUCUUCCAUGGUUCCCACGCACCGUCGUACCUUCAGACAUGUUUCGGUACCUCGAGUAAUAAACGCCAGUCUUUCUCCGGAUGUCUCUCCUCUUCUCCGAGCAGCUCACCACACCGUGGAUAGUUAUGUAAAGAGUGGGAUGGUUAUUGGUUUAGGAUCUGGAGAAGCUUCAGAUAUGGUUAUACGUUAUUUGGGUCAGCAACUUCGUUCUGGUUCUUUACAAAAUGUUGUUGGUGUACCAAUGUCUGCUAGAAGCGCUAGUGAAGCAGCAAAGUAUGGAAUCCCCUUGGAAUAUUUCCGAGAUGAUAAUCAGGUAAUUGAUUUUGCAUUUCAUGAUGCUGAUGCUGUAGAAGAGGGUUCGCUUAUCGCAGUUAUUGGACGGCGAAGAAGUUCACAGGAAGAUGACUAUAUUCUGAAACAAAAGGCUAGUGAGUCUAUUGUGAAAGCAGCUGAUGAGGCAGUCUUCAUGAUAAAGGAAGAACAAUACAAAGCCAGCCUUGAAGGUUCUAUCCCUGUUUUAGUUCAAUCUCUUAAUUGGUUGGCCAUAGCUGAGGAGAUAGAUGACUUGUAUUUAGGCGAUGCUGAGGUGUGGAGAAGAGCUUCCGUAGGAGAUGCAGGUCCUCUCGGAGGAGACUUUCCUAUAGUUACCAGUGAUGGUCAUAACAUUCUUGAUGUUAUAUUUACAACUCCAAUUCCAAGCCUCG